UUUAAAAAUGACGUAUUUCCGGUUGGUCUUUUGGCGGGAGUCGGACGAAGAAGACGAGUCCAUACCUUUGAAACACGUUGCUUCAACAUGAUGGCCACAAACGGAAAGACAUUCGACAAUGGUCCAGUCAAUGGAACCGCGCCGCACGCCGGUUCCUUGCCGGAGGACCACUUCACUUUCAGCCCGGGACCGAGCGUGGAGGACAUCCGUCGCAUGCAGGCAGAGUUCACCGACGAGCGCGACUGGAACAAGUUCCACCAGCCUCGCAAUCUCCUCCUGGCCAUGGUGGGCGAGGUCGGGGAGGUCUCGGAGCUCUUCCAGUGGAAGGGCGAGGUGGCAGAGGGCCUGCCCGACUGGAGCGACUCGGAGAGGGAGCAGCUCGCGCAUGAGCUCAGCGACGUCUUCAUCUAUCUGGUGGAGCUGGCCGAGAAGUGCCGCGUGGACCUGCCCCAAGCCGUCCUCCGCAAAAUGGCCCUGAACAGACUGAAAUAUCCCGCAAGCAAAGUGCACGGCUCGGCGAAAAAGUACACGGAAUACAAGGACUGACUUUUUUUUUGUUUUUUUAAUUUUGUGGGACUUUGGUGGCAUUCAGAUCGUUGUCGAUGGUUUUAAAUCGAUCUUCAAUCAUUUUUUGGAAAUUAUGUAAUAUAUAAGAUCAUAUUGUGACAACAGGCAUGUAAACAAGCCACUCAUUUUUUGUUUUACGUGUGCCAAAGUGUUCUUUAACUUUGAAUUAAAGAAUUCACUUUUAA